UCCCUUCCGCGUCCCCCGGCUAAUCCCCAUCUUCACUUCCGGUCCCUCACUUCUGGUCCUUACAAUUUAUCCUUCCGACGGAAGCAUUGGUGGUAUGCCAGAAUCUUCAGUUCCCCACCAGGUCAGGCUGGCCUGAGGCUUUGAAGCUCCCUGGGCUGGGGCCGCACGGCCCGAGGGCGGCGCCCUCACUCGCACCAUGGCCCGAAAUGCAGAAAAGGCCAUGACGGCGUUAGCAAGAUUUCGCCAGGCUCAACUGGAAGAGGGAAAAGUGAAGGAACGAAGACCCUUCCUCGCCUCAGAGUGUACUGAGCUGCCCAAAGCUGAGAAGUGGAGACGACAGAUCAUUGGUGAGAUCUCUAAAAAAGUGGCUCAAAUUCAAAAUGCUGGUUUAGGUGAAUUCCGAAUUCGGGACCUGAAUGAUGAAAUCAACAAACUGCUAAGAGAGAAAGGACACUGGGAGGUCCGGAUAAAGGAGCUAGGUGGUCCUGAUUAUGGAAAAGUUGGCCCUAAAAUGCUGGAUCAUGAAGGGAAAGAAGUCCCGGGAAAUCGAGGUUACAAGUACUUUGGAGCAGCAAAAGAUUUGCCUGGUGUUAGAGAGCUGUUUGAAAAAGAACCUCUUCCUCCCCCAAGAAAGACCCGCGCCGAGCUCAUGAAAGCGAUAGAUUUUGAAUACUAUGGUUACCUAGAUGAAGACGAUGGCGUUAUUGUGCCUUUGGAACAAGAAUAUGAAAAGAAACUCAGAGCUGAAUUAGUGGAAAAGUGGAAAGCAGACAGAGAGGCCCGGCUGGCAAGAGGAGAAAAGGAAGAGGAGGAGGAAGAGGAAGAAGAGAUCAAUAUCUAUGCUGUCACCGAGGAGGAGUCUGAUGAGGAAGGUGGCCCGGAGAGAGCAGGGGAGGAUGGCCAGCAGAAGUUCAUCGCCCACGUCCCAGUGCCGUCGCAGCAGGAGAUCGAGGAGGCCCUCGUGCGAAGGAAGAAGAUGGAACUCCUGCACAAGUAUGCCAGCGAGACCCUGCAGGCCCAGAGUGAGGAGGCCAGAAGACUCCUCGGGUAUUAGGGCCCAUCUGGGCGCUCCUUGGGGUCUACCAGUCUGCUGGAGUCCUUGUCCCCGCUGGUCCUGGGCUCACCCAUAGAACUUUGCUGUUCAGGGGCUGCAGGCAGGCCGGUCAACACUGCGAGGCUUCUUGGUCCUUCUCACCGUUAAUUUUUCUACUUGCAUCUUCGUAUCAACUGAUCCACAGACCAGAGUCUGCCCUGUGCCUCCCUGUGCCCCUGCAGGCUGUCUGCGUGUUGAACACUUCAGCGGUCGCCUUUGUACAGACCUUUUUCUACUAUAUGAAUCCACUUAUUUUUGUCUUGAGUGUAUAGAACAGGCUGCUGGAUAGUUACCUGUGAUUUAUUUAGCCUUCUAUCAUUUGGGGGGAAGGUGAUAAAUUAGUGACCACCACUCAAAAAGUGCAGUUUUUCUAAAAAGACAUAUUUGUAUCUCCUGAAAAAUGAGAAGAUGUGUUGACUCUGAGCCCACAUCCCACAUGUCAACAGCCAACCACAGCUGUCCCUGUGGGCGGGCACUGCUCCCAAUCUCUCUGGUCUGGCCAGCCUGCCUCACUCCCUCCUCCCCAGGGGGCCAGGUCACAGAGUCUGCUAUUUCUGCUUUAUUACUGGUUCUUCAGGGAGCUAUUUUUAUUAAAGAUUUUUAUACGAAGGGAAA